AUGGCUUCUCGCACCACGGAAUCUGAUCCAUACCCUUCUCUAGCGCAAACUAUACUCCUUAUUUCGACCAAAGCAUAUUUCACUCCUUCACAUACCCUCUCCUAUCUCAAGUCCAUCCUCGACCCCUCGAAUGGCAUCCUCCCACAGCUAAAAUCUGCUUCUCCAUCCGACGAAUCCCCCAAAUCACUUCAAUUGGCUCUUCUGCCUGACUUUCUGAGCAUCUACCACUGUGCCGAACUACUAGCUCAAAGCUCGAAGUCUCCCGAACCCUCCUCGUGGCCUCUCCUGCUUGGUGCUCAACAAUGCUUCUGGGAACCCGGACUGGGGCCUUACACCGGCGAGAUCGUCCCAUCGAGUCUCAGUUCUCUAGGCUGCAGCAUCAUCGAGCUUGGCCACGCAGAGCGUCGGCGUUUUUUUUCCGAGACCGACGAGACAACGGCGAGAAAAGCUGCUGCUGUGUGCGCUUGCGGCAUGGUGCCGCUUAUCUGCAUAGGCGAGGUGUCUGCGCCUGUGAGUAACGGGCCUAUGAGCAUGUCUGUCGGUAAUGCCUUGAGAGAGAUCGGACAACAGGUGCGGGGCGUAUUGGAAGCUAUACCAAAGGACGCCCCAAUCAUAUGGGCGUAUGAACCUGUUUGGGCCAUCGGGGCAGAGAGCCCGGCAGGAGUGGAGUACGUGGGGCCAGUCGUGCAGGGUAUCAGAGCGAUGGUGGACAAAGUGCCAGGAAGGACAGGUGAGACGAGGAUAGUGUAUGGUGGAAGUGCUGGGCCGGGCCUUUGGGGGCGGGGUUCUUUGAGCGAUUUUGUAGAUGGUGUUUUCUUGGGACGGUUUGCGCAUGAGAACGAAGAAGGGAAGGAGCUGAAGACUCGGGUGAAAGCAAAGAACAAGGGCGGCGAUUGA